AUGCCAGAAAUAGUGGAAAAAAUCCACAAAAUGGUAUUGGAUGACAGUCGACUCAAAGUUCGAGAGCUAGCAGACAUGGUAGGCAUUUCAAAAAGUGCUGUACAUUGCAUUUUAACUGAAAAUUUGGAUAUGAGAAAGCUGUGCGCAAGAUGGGUGCCGCGUUUGCUUACAAUGGAACAAAAACAGCGUCCUAAGAAUGUUUCAAUCGAGUUUUUGGUGAUGUUUCGCAGCAACGAAACCGAGUUUUUGCGUCGAUUCAUAACCACCAUGGAUGAAACAUGGGUCCAUCACUUCACAUCUGAGACGAAAGAACAGUCGAAACGAUGGACUGAAAGGGGAGAAUCUGCUCCAAAGAAGGCGAAAACAGUUCCAUCUGCUGGCAAGGUCGUGGCAUCAGUUUUUUGGGAUGCGCCCAGGAAAAACAAUCAACGGCAAGUAUUACGCGAACUUAUUGCAGCGCUUGAGUGA